GACCCGCGCCCCCGCGCCGCGCAGGACCGCCCGGGAUCCCUGCCCGCGCCUUGUCCCGCGUACCCCGCCGCCCGGCCGCCCGCCGCGCAGUGCGAGAACAUGGCGGGAUCGGUGGCCGACAGUGAUGCCGUGGGGAAACUGGAUGAUGGGCAUUUAAACAACUCCUUGGGCUCUCCAGUUCAAGCCGACGUGUACUUCCCGCGACUGAUCGUUCCAUUUUGUGGGCACAUUAAAGGUGGCAUGAGACCAGGCAAGAAGGUAUUAGUGAUGGGCAUCGUAGACCUCAACCCAGAGAGCUUUGCAAUCAGUUUGACCUGUGGUGACUCGGAAGAUCCUCCCGCCGAUGUGGCAAUUGAACUCAAAGCUGUGUUCACAGACCGGCAGCUACUCAGAAAUUCUUGUAUAUCUGGGCAAAGGGGUGAAGAACAGUCAGCAAUCCCUUACUUCCCUUUCAUCCCAGACCAGCCAUUCAGGGUGGAAAUUCUUUGUGAGCACCCACGUUUCAGAGUGUUUGUAGAUGGACACCAACUUUUUGAUUUUUACCAUCGUAUUCAAACAUUAUCUGCAAUUGACACCAUAAAGAUAAAUGGGGACCUCCAGAUCACCAAGCUUGGCUGAUGAUGUUUAAACCACCUCUAUUUCAAAUAGGAUCAGGUGCCACAACUACAUAACUAUUGGUCUGGAAGAAGUGUCCUAUCAAGAUCUAGAGACUUAAAAAGAAAACAAAAGGCAGGCUUCACUGUCUCUUCUUUCUGUGCAGUUUAAACCCAAAAUGACAACUUCAACUGUGGUUUGCCCAUAGAAAGAAAGCUGUUGGACAAAGACACCGAGCCAUUAUUCCCAAAACAAAGUAAUACAUUUAUGCUGGAUUUUAUUCAGACUAAACUAAAAUGGAUUGGUAAUGAUUUGUGAUUUCAUAUCAAAUUAUGCAUCAUUUUAAACCAAGGUGAUGUUUAGAAACAAAAGUGCUAAAGACAUUUAAAACAACGGUACACCGAAAUCAACGCAUUUCUGCACUGAAGUGGAAUUGUGUAGCACAACCAACUUUUUAGUCAGGGUAUUUACAUAGAAUGUAGGUUAUUCAAGGUUUAAUUUUGUUUGGUUUCUUUUUUCUUUUUUUGGCAUAGCAUAAUGUCAAUUCAGAUUUUUGAAGCUUUCUCGUAGCUAUUUAUUUAUAUUCAACGUAUGUAUUAGAGAAUGAGCAAUGUCUCAAGAACAGCAAGUUAUAAACUUUUGAAUGUAUAAAUAUCUUAGGUCUGAGGAAAGAAAAUUACAUAUUACAGUCAUAACAGGUGAAUUUAUACCUUAAAGAAUUGGGUUGUAUUGUCCAAACCCCUGAACUUUGGAUCUCGUCAUAUGAAUUUCUGUAAGUGCUUUUGGGAAAAAUUUGCAGUGUUUCGAUAAAACUGCUUUUCAAGUUAUUGUUGAUUAUAUAAAAUUCUAUUUGCAGUGCUUCUUCUCUUUACUGUGAAUUAGCACAGUAUUGGCUUCUUUAAAACUAAUUACUCCCUAGAUUUACAUAAUAGCUCAUUAAGUUGUUAUUAAAUUAAUUGAAAACACAUAAGAUGUGAUUACAUAGACAAUUUUUUGAAUGACUUAUAUAAACUUUUAAAAGUAUAAUUUGAGGGCCAGAGAUUUAGCUCAGUGGUUUUGCUGCCUGCUGCAUAAGCGCAAGGACCCGAGUUUGAUCCCUGGUACUAAAAAAAAAAAAAAAAAAAGUAUAAUUUGAAAAUGAUUCUGGAAUGCAGUGUAAAGCAGAAACAAAUGAACUGAAAUAACUUGGAAAUAAUUUAUAUCAACUUAAGCUGUUAGCUCAUUGUAUAACUUUUCUUAUGUGACCCUCACUAACAUCCCUAGGCAAUGCCUUUGGAGCUUCAGAGUACAAGAUGCUUCUUACUGUGUUGCCUUGGAGUACACAGUAGGAUGAGAUGGGAUUGAGAUUAGGAAAGGAUCCAGUUGUUUAUCUGACAGGUUAAGUCCUAGGACCCCAGGUCUCUGAGUCCAGGCAAUAGUGUGAAUGAUUCCAGUGAAGCUGUAGAGGUUUCCCUGCACUUGUGGAAGUGAUCAAAUGGUAGUGUGUCUCCAGCAGGAGGCUACAAACUGUAAUAUUACUGCAAGGCCAGGGACAGUUGGAGUCCUGGGAGCUGGACUUCACAAGGUACUGUGGCCCUAAAGAGAAGGACCCUUGGCAUUGCUUUGGCUAGGUAGUGGGGGAGGAAAGGGGUGCUGGGAUGGGGGUGUAUUUAUAUAUAAUUUAGGUUUUGUUUGUACAGCAUACUGCGUCUUGUUAUAACAUGUCCUUGUCCUGCUUUGCUUUUUUACACAACAUGCAGAGGCACUGAAGUGGCCAGAUCAUUUUCAUGUGUCGAGAAUGUAGACAGUGUUUCAGUACCAAAGUCUAAGAUAAACAAAGCAAACUAAAAUUGUGAAUUUUUUUAUAGGUGGUAUUUUUGGAUUCUUUUCAACUUUGAAACUGUUCAGCACAGUUCCAUGGUGUUAUAUACAAAGAUACUGUAUCCAAAAAGACUUGCUGCACAUUACAAGCUGUUUAUACUAGCUGACUUAGCCAUAUUCAGCUCUGAGGGCUGAUCUGUGGCUCCGGGUAUUUUCAAGCCUGUGUUUAACCUUUCACUCCUCACUUUUGAAGACUGCUUGUAGAAAGACUUAGGGGGUACCCUGAAAUUUGUUUGCAAUGGGUUUGAUUCAACUAUGGUGGAAGACCCUGUGAGAGGCCUUUUUUGAGUGGCAUUGUUCCCACCCACUGUAUAAUUCAGUGGAAACUAGAGGAGCAGGAGCAUAACUGAUUGGAAGUGACACUGUAUUCUCUCAACCUAUCAGCUAACUCAUUAGUAGCCAAGCCCUUAGGCAGCAUAGUGUGAAAAUACAGUAUUAACCCUUCAAUUCCCUGUGAGGCCAGGGGGAACCUCUUCGAUAAGCCUAUUGAGAUUAAAUGGUGUGAUGGUCUAAGUAUAGCUAAAUGAGUAGAGGGCCUUCUAUCCUAAUGGUUAGCUGUAAACUGGAACAUGUUCAUACCCUCUCCUUGGCAUGUAAGGUCUCAGGUGGAAAUUUCAGGAUGGAAAGUGCAAUUUAAAGCUUCACAGGAAAGUAUUUGCAUAUGUAAAGAGUUAUUUCUGUCCAGAGCCCUAGUUUUGCAAUAACUAAAACAAAGGAAUAACAAUCAGGCUCUGGGGAAAUAAAAGACAGGCUUUAGACAAUCUAUUUCUGCAGCAAAAUUGAAGUGAAAGUGUAUAUCUACUUACCAUUUAAUGAAAGUGACUUCUACUUUCUGGGCUAUCCAAGAAUUGUCUUAAAAUUAUUUUUUUAAAUUUUGAAAACCCAUUUCAGAUCUUACCAACCUCAGUUGAAAACCUCCCUAAGAGAUUACUCUUAGAAUUGAUGCUUUGUUAAAUGGCAAAUCCUUCUAUUUGUAUUUAAAAGAAAAUAUCCAAAAAGAGGGAGAGAGCCCUGUUGCCUUGAGAAACAGCCUUGGCAUUUUCUGACAUUAAUGUAGAAAUAAUGUUCCUAUGAUAAAAUAUUUUCAAAGAAACACUUUCUUAUUUACUGCGUGGUGUAAAAUGUUGCUAAAUGUGUUGUUACAUUAUGUCACCGCUGAAAGUUAUUUGCACUAUAAUAAAGGAAUUUUUUACAAAA